AAUGCACAAAAACUAGUAGAAGAAGAUGGUUACUGGGGUAACGACGACGUUAUCCUCGGCCUCUCGUUGCUAAUGUUUUUAUUGUGGGUUUAUUUUUCUCUUUUUGAUUAAUCUUCUGCAUAAGAAGAGCGGGACAUUUAGAAGAGACACUAAAAAGUCUCAUAAUGACGAGCCAGCGGCCUCCAUCCAGCAUGGGGAGGCCCCCCAGCCGCAGUGGAUCAGCGGCCCCUGGUGCUGGAAGACCCCCAACGGCUGUUCGACCCCCUCCUACAGCUAUUCGGGUCCCCACUGCAAUGGUUCCUGGUACAAGCGGUUACCCUGGCAUGAGGGGGGGCAUCCCCUCCCCAGGGGUUCUGGCUGCACCCAUCAAAGUGACAGACAGACCAGUCACCCAGCAGGGGCUCAGCGGGAUGAAAACUGGCAUCAAAGGACCUCAGAGACAGGUUCUGGACAAAUCCUACUACCUGGGCCUCCUCAGGAGUAAGAUCAACGAGCUGACCACUGAGACCAGCAAGCUCCACAAAGAAAUUGAUAACUACAACCAGGAGAACUCUGUGUACCUAUGCUAUGAGAAGAGAGCUGAAGAUCUGGCUGCGGAGAUUAAGGACCUGCAGGGCCAGCUUGCUGACCACAACAUGCUGGUGGAUAAGCUCAACACCAACACAGAGAUGGAGGAAAUUAUCAGCGACUACAGCAUUCUGAAAGCACAAAAUGACAGCGAGGCUCAGAGUAUUGACAACAUCUUCACAGAAAGAAGGGAGAGAGAGGAGCAGAUCAAGGCCAUUGAGGAGGAGAUCAAGAAGGAGCGACAGAUCGCAGACAGAGUCGUUCAGUCAAUGCCCACUGCCAAACAAGAGAAGUACUUCAGUAUGGCGGCGACCAAUGAGCAGCUGCUGCAGGAGCUGACUGUCCUCCAAGAAAAGCAGGACAAUCUGCUCACCAGGGUGGAAGAUUACGAAGAGGAGCUGUCACACUCACAGAUUAAGCAGGAAGUGGUUAGACUCCACGAAAUGUUGUCAGUGAUGGAGACCAAGCGGGAUGCCAUGGAGGAGGAGCAAAAGAGCAUGUGCUCCCCCAAGGAGGAGAGGGAGAAGCUGUUCCAACAGGUGAAGGAGGACAACCAGGAAAUAGCCAGCAUGGAGCGACAGCUGGCUGAGAUCAGAGAAAGAACCAGACAGACAGUGGAGGAGAUCCAGCAUCUGGAGCAGAACUCUGAGGCUGUUCAGGGGGAGUGUCAACAGAAAUUCAAGGAGCUGAAAAGGAAAGAGGAGGAGAUUAACCAGUUCAUAGAGUCAUUCGAUGAAGCCAAAGCUGAGGAGCUGCAGAAGCAGCGCCAGACCCAGGAGAGCAUCAUCUUGCUCCUGGAGCAUUGCAGCAGGAACACGUUGAGGUUACGCCAGGUGGAUGCAGUGACGGCCAGCGAGCUAAAAAACAUGCAGGAGGUUUUGGUCAGCAAGGAGACAGACGUCGUCCAAUCAGAGAGCACGGCCAGAGGACUGACAGCCGGUGUUCUUUGUCCAGAAUCACGGAGGUUGCAGCAGGACCUGGAGAAGGUGCAGCAGCUGGACGGGAAGAUCACAUCGGAGCUCAGCGGCCUGCAGGAGCAGGUGAGCAGCAUGGAGUCUGAGCUCCACACCUACAGAGACCUGGACGCCCUAAAGCUCACCGGCGAGGACAGGAAGAAGAAAUUGCUGGAGGAACGUGCAUUGCUGAGUCAGCGCCGGGACUCAUUCACCCAGCUUCUUGAGGAGAUUAACAGCAAAUACAAAGAUCUGAAGACCAAACUGCAAGAAAACGAGACUCACACACAGCUGGCCAACCUGGAGAAGAAGUGGCAGCACUUGGAGAAGAACAACUUUGUGAUGAAAGAGUUCAUCGCCUCAAAGACCCGGGAGAGCGACUUUGCCCUCGUGGCCAAGAAUGUCUCCCAGCAGCUGGCUGACUACAACAGCAUGCUGAUAAAGUCCCUGCAGAACAAGAGCUGAGCUGGAGCCAGCUGUCUCCACGUCAUUCUUCAUGUUUCAUUUCUUCAAGCAGGAAACAUCUGACUUAGGAAUGUUUUGUGUUGUCCAUGCAGUCACUGCUUUAUUUCAAAUUGAUAACAAAUAUAUUCUUAAUUUUUCAACUAAAUUUCUUAUUUGAGGCAUAUUUUAACAAAAUAACUAGAACUCAAGUUCACUUCCUGUUUUUAUAUUUAUUGCUUUUAAUUACAGGGAGAAAAAAAUCAUUUGCAUAAAAUCCAACUUACUCUAGAAAUAUAUUCAGCCUUUUUCCAGUACAUGGGCAUCAAACUACAGUAAACAUUACAGCUGAGGAUUGCAGCAGCGCCCCCUUUAUGCGCGUGUACACUACAGCAUUUUACACACAAUCACAACUUGACGGCUUGUUCGGAACGCCACCUUCCUCCACCCGUCCAGUUCCAGACCUUGAUUGUUAAGUCUCCACUCAGAAAAAAAGCAAAUGUGAUGGAACAGAAAAGAGUUUCAGAAUAAAAGUAUCUUCAUGGUAAAGAAGCAUUUGAUGCACAUCAAAAUAAGACACAGAAAGAUGGUGGAAACUGAGGCAAAUGAACAUUCUACUUUUUGUCCGAUCAUCACCACAGACUCUAAAUGUUUUUACUGCAAAUAUGACAUAUUGGAACUUUCUGACUGGAGGCCAAUAACAGCUGCUCUAGUUGUGAAACUUUCUCUUCUCACAUUUUGCAGACUCUAAAAAGCUGCUUGAUUACCUCAUCAAGCCUGUAACCCUUAUGCUAUCCUAGGCACUUUAACAUUGGGAGUUGGGUCAUCUAAACCCACUAGACAGUGCGCUGAACCUUUUUUCUUCAAUGAUUUGUGAACCUCACUGGUGUCCAUGGAUUACAUGAAAUCUUUCCACCUUUAUCCACCUUUGUCAUGGUAGGGGGAACACGUCAAUGUAAGGGUGGGGUCAUCUAAGAUAGCACAAGGGUUAAACUGUCAGGUUUAUGAAUUCAUUACAGCAGAUGAAAUAUUUCAAAAUAAAUGUCACUGAAGGGUUCCUUCAAACUAAACAGUUUAUUUUUUUUUGUUACAAGACAUGUUUUCUUAAAAAUCACACACAAAUACACCACUUCCUCCCACUCAGGAAAUUUAACUCUAAUCAAGUGUUGUAUUUUCAAGUUUAUCUAGAUAUAGAUAUCAAAUAAAUCUCUCAUUCCAAGCAGGUCCAGAAAACUUAAAAAAAGGAAGGGGAUUUCUGUCAGUGUGCUUAAAAUAUUUGACUGUGAUGGGAUUUUUGCUGCUACGGCAUGUGGCGCCGUCCUGCAGGCAGAACCAUCUACACAGGCCAUUGCUGCUGCUUCAGUUACCAUAAAACCAAAAAACUGAAAUGUUUAGUUUUAUAACAUUGCUGGAGAAAUCAUCCAAGAGAAAAAAGGGGCGCAAUUCCUUCAAGAUAAACCAUUUCCUUCUAAAAAAUUCCUCCACCACAAACAUGGAUUUGAAGGAUGAGCAGGUAAGUGUAGUUAUCUUCAUUUGUAGCUUAAUUUAAAUCACUUUCACUCUAAUAUAUUACACAUAAAAAACUGGCUGCACUAAAGGAUAUCAAAAACAAACAGCAGUUUGCUUUUAUUCAGCAAAAAGGAAAAGAUAAUGCUGUUACAGUUCAUGCUAUGCUUUAGUGCAUUCAUCGAGAUUUAAAAAAAAUAAUAAUAAUUCCAGAGCAGCAAUCACCUUCCAAACAUUCUGUAUGAGUGGCAAACAAUGCUCGAGACUUUAGUUAAAAUUCCUCACGAGAAGGUGUACAUUCAUUUCAGUAAUAUCGAGAAAAGAAAAAAAAAA